UCGGUUGUUUGAUUUUCACGUACGUCUCGUUCAAGCCGUAAAUAUGAACUACGACUGGCUUUUUCAGAGACCGCCACACAACACUUCUCCACCCACCUUUUAUGUUUGCAGUAAUGGCUUUUGCCGCUCUCGUUUUCCAUCGCCUUCUUCUUGAUUAUCUCCCCUACUACCACUUCUCUUUCAAUCUCUCGUUCAUCAUCAGUUUGCCUGUCAAAGCCUCCCCCUUUGUCUCUGGGUCUGGAGUUGGAGACCCACACAGCUAAUUAUUAGUUAAGAAUCAUGGGCUACUUCUCGUGCAAUGCAGAAUCCGCCAUCGCCACCUGCGACCCCCAUUACUGGGAUCUCAAGAAGAAAGGAAGAAGAACCCGACCACGCAAACCCAAUCGAGCCCUGAAAGUCAGAGAAUUUUCGUAUGUCGAGCUCGUCGCCGCCACCAAUAGUUUUUCAGCGGAGAGCUUCUUGGGAAAAGGCAGCCAUGGCAGUGUCUACAAAGCCGUGCUCGAGGACGGAAAGCUCGUCGCCGCCGUUAAGAAGACAAAGCUUUUUAGCCCAUCAGCAGCAAGCUUCCAACGCCAUCAGUACCACAACAAUAACUGCACCAACUGUAGCAACUGUACCAGCCCCGCCGAGAAUGAGAUUGAGAUACUCUCCAGGGUACAACACCCCCGGCUCGUCAACCUCUUGGGAUUCUGUUCGGACUCCAAGAACGAUAAACUGCUUGUCGUCGAGUACAUGCCUAACGGCUCCCUCUACGAUCUCUUGCACUCGAGCUCCAGAUCAGCCCCGGGUUGGAGCCGGAGGAUCCGGUUCGCCGUCCAAAUAGCGAAAGCGGUCCAAGCACUUCACUCGUCCAACCCGCCGGUGAUUCACCGGGACAUAAAGUCCUCCAACGUCUUAAUCGACGAAAACUGGAACGCCAGGCUGGGGGAUUUCGGAUUGGCCUUGAGGGGACAUGUGGAAGACGUACGGAUAAAGUGCACGCCUCCGGCGGGGACGUUGGGGUACCUAGACCCGGGAUAUCUUGCUCCGGGGGAUCUGAGCACCAAGAGCGACGUGUUCAGCUUUGGGAUCUUGCUGUUGGAGAUCAUCAGCGGCAGGCAAGCCAUAGAUGUCAAUUACAGUCCCCCCUCGGUGGUCGACUGGGCCGUGCCGUUGAUUAAGCACCACGAGUUCACUGGGAUCUGCGACGACCGCGUCUGUUCUCCGACCGAUCCGGGUGUGAUCAGGCAUCUGGCAGUGCUCGCGGCCAGGUGCGUCCAAUCCAACUCGAAGAAACGACCGGAGAUGGCGGAGGUGGCGGAGUGCUUAAAAAACUCAGCCAAAAUGGUCCACGCGCCGCCGAUCUGGAACAACUUGAGGCGGCGAGCGAGCUGCAUUGAGAAUCCGCGGCCCUUGAUGAAGUCUGAACUGCAAUACACGAGUACUGAAGAGGUUUCGAAGGUCACGAAACUCGGAAGCAGACGAAACAGGAAAGUAUCUGGCGCCAUUCCUCCGGCUCCGGGUGAUCAUCGUAUGGUUAGGUCGAAAUCGGUGGGUUAUGUCAGCGAAACAAAAAUGGGGUCUGGUUCAAAUGUGUGCCGCAAUCGGUCUCUGUCGGCGAGAAGGAAGCCAGCAGCCGGGGUGGUCUUGAAAAUGCCGGUGGUGAAGCUGAGUAAGUCAAGGUCCAUGGGCGUGUUGCAAAGUCCAGGCCUUGUACAUUACAACAAGAGUAGAGGUUUUGUUUUUGAAUAUGGAGGGAAUAAUUCUCGCUCUUCCACAGAACUCGAUGCAUCCAAGUGGGUGAUUGGUUUGAAGAAGAUGCCCGAUAAACCAUUGGUUUCCGUUUAAUUCCAAAACUUGGACCCAUUUCCCGGAAGAUUGUUCA